AUGCCAACAACGUGUGGAAAAAAUAAACAAAAAGACAAGACAACAGACACCGGCUAAAAUAUCUUCAGGAAAAGGCGAAAGUAAAUUAAUUGCACACAUUUUCCACCGUAGAAGAAAUUGAAACUUGAAAAUCGAUGGCUGAAGACGGGGUGGGCCAACUUGAAGCGGACGCGUUGAAACGCAGAGAACGUCUUUUGGCUUUGAAGAGGAAACGCGAGGAAACCUCUGAAGGUGCUGAAAAGUCCGAGGACGAAAUCAAACAAGAGGAGGAAGGACUUCCGAAGCCGAAAUUCAGAAGUUACCGACCGCAGGAUGAAGUUUUACAAGACAAAGUUAUUCCUGAUGCACAGCCGGGUGAUGUCGAGGAAGAGGUCAAAGAGCAGCUCGAGGCUGCCAAGAACAGAGGCAUAAUUGAAGAGCUGGAUUUGACGACGUUGGCGCCUCGCAAGCCCGACUGGGAUCUGAAAAGGGACGUGGCCCACAAACUGGCCAAGUUGGAGCGACGGACGCAAAGAGCGAUUGCCGAGCUGAUCAGAGACCGAUUACGAGAGGGCCAGAGCGACUUGGCCGAAGCCGUGGCCAUGGUGCAGCCUCAGCAGCUGGACGAGGACUGAAGGACGCAGAAAAGGCCAGCAUUUUAUUAUGUACAUAUAUUAUAUUUUCAAAUGGUACAAGCAUUGACGAGAAAUGCAAAAUGAUUUUUGUUUUUUACAUAAAUUUCAUAAAUUCUUCCGCAAA